GUUGCAGUGGCUGGCGGGGGCCCACCGGCUGCGGUGGCUGAGCGCCUUCGAGCUGCUGCUCUUCGGGGCCUUCUCGAGUGUGUUACUGGCGGUGGGGUUGGAGUUGCUGGCAGCAGUUUUAUUUGGGAAGCAGCUGCGGGGUUGCGGGGGUUCUCCCAGCAGCAGCAGCAGCAGCAGCAGCAGCAGCAGCAGCGGCGGAGGCGGCGGCGUGGGCGGCGCGCCGUUCGCGGCAGCGGGAACGGCAGGGAUCAGCUACCUGCAGCAGCAGCAGCAGCUGCAGCAGCAGCAGCAGCAGCAGCACGGCGUUCACGGCGAUCUGCUGCGGCAGGACCUGCUGCAGCACCCGCAGCAGCAGCAGCAGCAGCAGCAGGGAGUGUUUGCUGCUUUGUCUCUUUUUGCGAAUUUGGUUGCUGAAGGACUUCUCGAAAAAAAAGCUGCUGCUGCUGGCUGCGCUGCGGGCCGCGGGGUGUACAGACACCUCAGCUCCCUCAUCUUCAGCAGCAAAGUCCACAGCAGCAAAUUCCCCGAAGAACAAAACCCUAAUCUUUACCUCUGCACCCUCUUCAUCUUCCUCUACAUGAUCUUCUGCAUUGGAUUCUCCGAAGAAUUCGCAAAGGCCACUUCAGUGCUGCUGCUGAGGCCCCGGGGCCCCCGGAGGGCCCCCCGGGGGGCCCCCCAGGGGGGCCUCCAGGCUGUUUGCAGCAUUAUAUUUGCAACAAUUGAAAAUCUCAGUUAUGUCUUUGCCUCCAAGUCCGACAUGGAAAUGGCCCUUGCUACUGCUUGGGUUCGGGCAUUUACGGCGAUUCCUUCCCACGUGGCGAACACAGGGAUUGCUGCUUCAGUGCUGGCAGCAGGAGCAGCAAGUGCAGCAGCAGCAGCAGCAGCAGCAGCGUCGGGCGCGUGGGGCCCUUCGGUGGCAGCAGCAGCAGCAGCAGCAGCAGCAGCAGAGGAAGGGUUUCUGGAGGGCCAGGGUGUACAGACAGUGGGGGAGGCGCACGUGGUGCACAUUUCAGAUGACGGCAGCAGCAGCAGCAGCAGCAGCAGAACAGCAACGCCGCCGGUGGCUGAGGUUUGGCAGCAGCAGCAAACCCUAAACCCUUUUUCCUGCAAGCUGCUGCUGCAGAGCGUGCUGCUGCCGGGGCUGCUGCACGGCUGCUACGACGCUGCUUUGACUCUGGCCUCUGCGGCCUACAGCAGCGACGCAGCAGCAGCAGCAGAAGAAGCAGCAGCAGCAGGGGGCCCCUUUGUUGCUUCUGGGUGGCUAAUGCUUGCGCUAGUUUCUUGGUGGGCCUCCAUUAUUACUUUUUGCUGCCGCUGGCGCAGCACAAAGAAUUUGCUGCCGUUUUAUGCCUACUUCAUGGGGCCCUCUUACUACUUUGCUGCAGACCCGCAGCAGCGGCAGCAGCAGCAGCAGCAGCAGCAGCACGGCAGGUCGGGCGCGGUCGUCUUCCCUGCAGUGCAGAGUGAACAGAUGCAGCAGCAGCAGCUGCUGCAGCAGCAGCUGCUGCAGCAGCAGUUCGCACCCAUCCCUGCGGACGCUGCGGCCUGGCAGCAAGUGCAGCUGCCAGUGCAGCAGCAGCGGUGGCAGCAGCUGCAGCAGCAGCAGGAGCUGCUGCAGCAGCAGCAGCUGCUGUGCCCCCCCAUGUACCGCCAGUACGCGCCCAUGCAAACCCCACAGCAGCAGCAGCAGCAAGAAAACAGCAGCAGCUAG